AUGGCUUCUGCAGCGGCGGAACUAGCCGCGACCAACGACGAGGUCAAGCCUUACCGGAUGCAUGUCUCGUCGCGAUAUUUGGACCUCACCAAGCAGAAGCUCGAAAUUACCCGGCUGCCUCACGAGGAUUCGCAACCCAGGUCGAAGGACUGGUGGGAGCCGAAAGGUGAAGUUGAGCCCCUGAUAGACUUUUGGCUUGAGCAAUACUCAUGGCGGGCGCAAGAGGAAGCGCUCAACGACGAGCUGCCCCAAUUUCGCACCGCGUUCACAAUUGCGGGAGCUGAGGCUCCAGUCCGUAUUCAUUUUGUCCAUAUACGUUCAUCUCACUCCUCUGCCGUUCCUCUGCUAUUGAUACCCCCAUUCCCUUUCACCAGCCUAUCCUUCGGCCAUCUCGUCAGGACCUUCACGGACCCUGAAGAUGCGGCCGCCGACCAGCCCUUUCAUCUGAUCAUCCCGUCCCUCCCUGGGCUUGCGUUCAGCGAUGCGCUGCCCAAUAAUACGUCCGUCAUCUCCACCUCGGCAGAAAUACUUAAUGCAUUAAUGAGCCGGCUGGAUUAUCCCCAUUACCUGGUCACCAAUGCGGGAUCCGGUUCCGCCUCGCCAGCAGAGAUUGACUGGAAACUGGUCCAUUACCUUGCAAGUCAGUACUCGAACACUUGUCUCGGGACUCAUUUCAUCUCGCCGCCACUCGCCGAACCAAAGCUACGGGAGGCGCCGAUGGAGUGGGCGAAAUGGUCGAUAGCAAGCUUCUUCCACGCCCCUAUUCUCGGUUACCGCAGCGAGGAUUUCUCGGCGCUGAAACGGAGCCGUCUGGUCGAGAAGUCUAGGAAGUCGCCCACGCCUUCGCAAUUCGGCUUGAAUCAACUUGGUCUCGGAGAGCCCAAUACUCUCGCUUACGCGCUUUGCGAUUCUCCAACCGGACUUCUGGUGUUUGCGCUCAAGAGUUUACAGUUGAUCGGCCCGAAAAAGAAGUUCACCCCGACUGAAAUCAUCAACUUCACGCAGCUUUCUUGGCUGCCUGGACCCGAGGCAGCGAUGCGGUUCUGGGCACACUGUGUGCAACACCCGGAGCCGGCGGCCAAGAAAAUGACCCGGAAACCCAAAGUCGCCAUCACAGUGUUCCUUCGAGAUGAGACUGAGACGGAAAUUCGGCCUGGGGCUCCGGCGCCGGCUCAACAAGAUGUGCAGGCCGACCAUGUGGCGGCCCAGACUCCUUUGAAGGUCGAGGACAAAGACGGCUACGCUUGUCCCAGCUGGGCAAACGCGAAGUACCAUGUUGUGUAUACGCAUCGAGCGAGCGGCAAGUCGGGAUUGCUGGCCUGGGAAAGACCUGGACUCAUCGCAGCGGGCGUGAGGGGGCUCGCCAAAGAGGUGCUGCGUUUAGACCCGAGGCUCAAACCAGCCCCGGCUCCAUCUACAGCGCCAUUAGAGCAAGUAGUGUCCGACGAUGGUGAAGCUGCAGCUCGAAAUGGAGAUGCUCAAAACACCGUGGCCGCACUGGGAGCUCUGGCUUUGCAAACCCCAACGCCAGCUGCCAGGGCAAACUCCCAAACGUCGGCGAGGAAAGGGGCCGAUGGGCUCCUGGCACCCAUCACGGAGGAGCGGGGACACCCUCAGCGCGAGAUUAGUGAGGAGACUAGAGUCGAGUCGGAUUCGGAGAACAGGGGGAAGUUGUACACGGAGAAGAGCGAUGAUACCUUGGCUUCGGUGAGCCCGAACGCGAUUCCGGUUGUGACGCCGCCGCCGGCGAAGGCGCCUUGA